CUGAAGACCACCGCCACUCCAGACUUUGGCUUACGGUCUCUGAUGUGUUUGUAGCAUAAGAUUUCUAGGAGGUCAAGACAAGUACAAGAAAUAUCAUGGACGGAACAUAUUCACGCUCACCCUCGCCUGUCGAGACGCGUCACAGACUUUCAUCUCCUACUUACGACGAGCAAGUCAACAUGAGCCAAAAAGAGAUCGAGGCUUUCGAUGAAUAUGAAUCUAGCCAGCGCCCUCUACGCCUCCGAUCGCCCGAUCCUCCCGAGACCUCAGAGCUCAAGCGGCGCAGAAGCAAAGCGACAGCGGACAACUCGGAUGAGUGGGAUGGGCAGGGCCGGAAGAAGCGUAUAUCUCUGGAAAGACAGAGUAGCUUCGAUGAAAUGUUUGCUCCGCUACCUCCGAACGAACGGCCACAAGCCGACGGCGCAGAUACCACUGUUAUCCCGACAUUCUCUGGCUUUGUAUCAGCUGCGCGCGUGGCGGUGGCAAACACCGUUGACCAUGCUGAUGACGCAGACGUCGUACAAACGACGCAUACACCCACGAAAUCUCACGGGUUUGGCUUCACUUCCGCUGCAAACCUCGCAAAUAGCUCGUUCGAACAUCAAGUCGAUACUCUGCCGACAUCGUCGCCGGAUGCACCGGCAGAUCAAGACUAUUCAGAUUGGUUCUCUGCCAAAAUCCCAGAGGGUGCAGCGACCGGUUUCCAGUCUGCGAGAGCUGUCAAGUCCGCGCCUCCCGUCAACGAUGCAAUCGCCCCACUAGACCCGGCGUUGACCGCUCUCCCUGCCUUUACGUCAAGUCGCAUUCUCUUUGAGAACGAGCGCGGCCCACCCAUGUCCCAAAUCAAUACUGAAUCCCCGACCAUCUCGGGAUUCAGCUCUGCUAUCAACUAUGUGCACAGUAUAGAGAAUGGAACCACAGUACAGGACUGGGCGAAGCCGUCUGCCGACGCACUCGCUCGCGCGGCCGCUAAAUUGAAGGCAUGGGAGGCAGAAAUGGACACGGACUUCACUGUGGACCCGUCGAUCCCUGAGCUCCCGGAAGGUGGUGGCGCGCUGGGGAGGAUCGACUUCGAAAGACCUGCGUUGCGUGCAAUGGAGAAUUCAUUCGCGCCUGCGGCUAGCGUACCGGAUAGUCCAACUCCCUCGAGGGCAGGCUUUAGUCGGGCGGGUGGCUCAAUGGGUAAACUUCCUGGGCUAGGCAAGAACAAGGCCUUCAAGUCGCCUUUGCUCGUACGUCCUACAGCUACGCCCAAGACCACCGCAGGAACAUCGUAUGUAAACUCACCCCUGAACCCAAACGCCGCAGCAUCGACUUCAAAGCUACCACCAGCAUUCGCGACGCCGACCCGUCCUGGGACGUCGUCCUUGACGUCGUUCACGCCGUUGAUGCCAAGGACUACGACGCCCGGCAAGAGCUUAGGGUUGACGCCCCGCAGACUAGGCUUCAAGUCCGCCGCAGGGAAACCGAAGUUUGUCACCCCUUUCAAGCCUGGCAUGAAGCCUGGAGAAUCUGGUCGUGUCGAGCUCGAGCAGAAGACACUGGAUGCGUCCCAGAGAGCUAGCGUUACCGUCAUCGGGAGUCCUAGGCCGGCUUAUAAUAACAAUAAAGCCACGGGGAAGACAACCUUCUUUAAUUUGGCAAAGCCCAGUGGUAGACAAACCCUUCAAUCAAGUGGUCUACGACCGCAAACCUACGAUGAAGUCGAGUUGUCUGAUAUGGUUGGAGAGUACCCUCAAGCAAUAACUCCGGAGAACGCGCUGUUCUACAGGUUCCAUUCUCGAUCCUCUCACAUUCCAUCGUACCAAACAGGAGAUUCUUCCAUGCUCGGCGCCGACGCUGCUCUGGAGGACCUGCAUGACGCUGGUUGCGAUCUUGCAACACGGGAAUGGGUAAACAAUCACUGGUCACUGAUCCUCUGGAAGCUGGCCGGAAUGGUCAGCCUGCAGCCCCAGCUCGAGGCCGACCCCGCUACUCGGCGAUGGUGUUGGCAGGAGGUCAUCAACCAGUUGCUGUACCGGUAUGAGCGCGAGCUCAACUCGGCCUCGAGACCGCCUUUGCGGCUCAUCACAACGCACGACGCGCCGGCAACUUGUCCCAUGGUUCUGUGUGUGACGAGCAUCACAUGGCACGACGGUCCUAGGGAUGAAGACGGCAGCACCAGCGAUCGCUGGGCCGACGUCGAGAUGACGGAUGGAUGGUAUCGCAUUCGCGUCGCAGUAGACGACCCGAUCGAGCGUGCCAUCAACAGGGGCCAUAUUCGUCCUGGACGGAAGCUUGCCAUUCAGAAUGCACGGCUGAUGCACAAAGAAGGCAGAGAGCCUGCAGAGCCGCUCGAGGCAUAUACACAGAUGAACCUGCAAAUAUGCGGCAACUCCUGCCACUUGGCUCCAUGGCACGCCAAACUCGGUUUUGUGCGCAACCCUAUGGUCGCCACGCUGGAUAGAUUGACUGCUGACGGCGGGCUGGUAACGUUGCUUGAUGUUACGGUCGAGAGGGUAUAUCCUAUCGCAUAUAUGGAGUUCACUACCGCGCAAGACGGCAAGAAGGAAUGUCUCGGUAUCCAUAAUGAGAAAGAAGAGACUCAAGCUCAGGACAGAUGGACGGCUCAACGAGAAGCAGCGGCACAGAAGAUCCGUGACGAGUACGAUGUCAAGAUUCACCGAUGGCAGGUCUGGUUAGAGACGUUCGAGGCGCGUGCUGGCACGCGUUGGCAGCCCACCGAUGCGAAUGAGCAUUUAUCAGCUGAUGCUGAGGAUCAAUGGCUCAACCUCGUGGAUGAACCAACCACCUUUGCUCAGGUGAAGAGAGAGAUGACGACCGACCGUGCGGGAUGGCUUGCGUUCCACGCUCGUCACGAGAUCACGAAGACGACGGAGAACCUUUCUGAAGAGAUCGGUAAAGAACUAGAGGCCGACUACCCGCCGCGCGAGUCGCGGAGCUUCCGGGUGAUCGUGGUCAAGGAUGCGCGCUGGGAGAAACGGGAGCCUCUGCGCCAGGGGCAGGUACACAUCUGGGACAUUCUCAAAUGUGUGCAGACUGAGGGCGGCAAGCCCGGCCACUUUGAAGUGGGCGAGAGGUACCUCAUUUCGAAUUUGAUGCCGUCGCACAAGACUGCAUGGAUGGCGCCCGACAUCGACGCCGCGGUCUACUUCAACACCACGCAGAGCACAAGAAUCCAGAAGGUCAAACCGUAGCCUACAAGCACACCCCAUGAAGGUCCUACCUCGCGUAACUUAUGUUUCCUUAUUGCCGUGUCAUGUUCUCUGCUGUGCAU